CGAUAUUACAUAACAUUCUGUGUAUAUGUUGGAAUUUUUCUAAUAUGUUUAAGGAGUUGAGAUUUUUUUAUAGUAUUGAAAACAUAAGUUGUGUAUUUAUGUAAUUUUUAGUAAAAAUUUAUACGGCAUGACCAAACGGGUCAGCCCAUUUGAGAAACCCAAACUUGAAUUUAUACGAGUCCCUAAAUUUAAAUCCUUUGCCGUUGGCGCCAUGAAAUGCAAUGAUGAAUCAAGCUAUUUUCCAGCUUCUCCAAACAUGCAAAACUCUGAACAGGUUAAAAUCAGUCCACGCUCAUUUGUUAGUACGUGGUUCCAUUGCCUCGUCAGACCUCAUAUUGAACAAAAUCAUUCGCCUUUACUCUCAUUUUGGUGGCACAGAUUAUGCUCGUAAGGUGUUCGAUGAAAUUACUGAACGAAAUCCUUUUCUUUGGACUUCUAUGAUUCAUGGGUAUGUUGAAAAUUCUCAGCAUACUGAAGCUUUUUAUCUUUUCCGGGAUAUGCGUUCGCUAGAUGUCACGCCUUUGAAUUUCAGUAUAUCAUCUAUACUGAAGGUGUUUGGACGGCUGAAAUGGUCGAGGGAUGGUGAGGGGAUGUUUGGGUUUAUUUGGAAAUGUGGGUUUGGUUUUGAUUUGAUAGUGAUGAAUUCUGUGAUUGACUGUUUCAUGAGAUGUGGGGAAGUUGAUUGCGCGAGACAAGUAUUUGAUGAGAUGGAGGAAAAGGAUGUUGUUUCUUGGAACUCAAUGAUAUCGGGUUACGUGAAUAAUGGAAGACUUGAAAUUGCACUCGAGUUGUUCGAUGGCAUGGAUGAGAAAAAUGUUGUUUCUUGGACUAGUGUGAUAUGUGGCUAUGUUAGGAAGGGAGAUAUGGUAGAGGCUAGGAAUAUUUUUGACGCUAUGCCGACUAAGGAUAUGGCUGCUUGGAAUGUGAUGAUUUCAGGGUACAUUGAUGUUGGUGAUGUGCACACAGCGAGCUUUCUGUUUCGGGCAAUGCCACAUCGCGACACUGGAACAUGGAAUUUGAUGAUAUCGGGGUAUUGUAAGGCGGGUCAGUUGGAAAAAGCAAAGGACUACUUUGAACAAAUGCCCCGUAGGAAUGUGGUGUCGUGGACUAUGAUGAUAGAUGGCUAUGUGAAGUCUGGGAAAUUGCACGAAGCAAAGUGUUUAUUCGAUGAAAUGCCGGAGAAAAAUCUCGUUACAUGGUCUACCAUGAUUAGUGGUUAUGCUAAGAAUGGGAAGCCUUCUGCUGCCUUAGAAUUGUUCAAAAACUUCCGAAAGCAGAGUCUGGAACUGGAUGAGACUUUUAUUUUAAGUGUCAUCUCAGCUUGCUCUCAAUUAGGGAUUGUAGAUGCAGUUGAGUCGGUAAUAAGUGAUGAUGUAGGAUCCAGAUAUUUUUCUGAUUCACGUGUCGUUAACAGUCUGAUAGACCUCUAUGCGAAGUGUGGAAAUAUUGAGAAAGCCUCGCAAGUAUUUGAAGCGGCGGAUAAAAAAGAUUUCUGUUGUUAUAGUACAAUGAUUGCUGCGUUUGCUAAUCAUGGCUUAGUUGAAAAAGCAGUGUCUUUAUUUGAGGAUAUGCAAAGAAAGAACUUUGAGCCUGAUGAAGUAACUUUUCUUGGGGUUUUGAGUGCUUGCAACCAUGGAGGACUUGUCGAUGAAGGGAGGAGGUACUUCAAACAAAUGACUGAAGAAUUCGGAGUCGAGCCCACAGAUAAACAUUAUGCAUGCAUGGUUGAUAUCCUUGGCCGUGGUGGGUUCCUUGAGGAGGCGCAUGAAAUGAUAUUGAGUAUGCAUUUGGCGCCCACGUCAGCCGUUUGGGGUGCAAUGCUUGCAGCUAGCAAUGUUCAUCGUAAUGUCCAGAUGGCUGAAAUUGCAGCAUCUGAGUUAUUCAAGAUUGAGCCUGAGAAUUCCGGAAAUUACAUUCUCUUGUCCAAUAUUUAUGCUGCUGCGGGAAAAUGGCGUGAUGUAGCUAGAGUAAGGGCACUGAUUAGAGAGCAUCAUGUGAAAAAAAAUCGGGGAUCUAGCUGGAUUGAGUUGGGUUCUGCGGUGCAUGAGUUUGUAAGGGGAGAUGUAUCACAUGUGGAUGCAGACAGGAUAUGCUUCGUAUUGAGUCUACUAAAAGAAGAUAUGAAGCUUUCAGGAUAUAUAAAAGAUAAGGAUCUGCAUCCGAUUUCUACGGUGUACCCUUCUUAUCUAUCUCUUUCAGGUGAUACUGAAAUGGACGAGGAACACUUUUGAGUGAUCUCCGCCACAACAUGCUGAGGUUGAUGGAGCAUGGUUUGUUAUCACCGGAGAGAUCAAAGAAGGCGUUUGAGAAAAAGCAAAGAAAGCAAAAGCAAAUUCGUACGGGGACUCCAAUGAAAUCUCCUCCUCCGCGACCAAUCAUAACCAAAGCCGAGAGCUCAAAAGAGCAACAGCAAGUAUCAAAGAACGGCGACAUAAAGGCAAAGAAACGACUAAAAAGUGAUAGUAGUGAUGACGACGACAAUGGUGAUGAUUUCAUUCUGAGCCCAAAGAGGAGAAAAGUGUAGGAAAAAAAAAAUUCUCUCCAUUUGCAAGAAUGAUAGACUGAAAGCCAUUCUUGAUAUUCUGUUUCAAUUGAAUAUGAAAAAUCAAAUAAAAAUUUAUAGUUGAACAACUUGUACAAUGGAUCUAUAGUUAUAGAAACUCAGUUUUCA